AUGAAUGAGGAGACAACAAGAGACGUGUCUGUGAUACGGACAGCAGCAGAGUUGAUCAAUAAAGAGCUUAAGAUCCAAAAGUAUCUUGAUACCGACUUGAAGUUUCUCACUAUUGAUCAUGACCAAUUGAUAGAAGAAGACGAUGAUGAUGCCAGUUCAUCUUUGGCCGUGUUCGACAACGACAAGAACACCAUCAACAUCAUAUAUUCACUUUUGAAAUCGGUGGAACGAGGCAGACGACAAAGAAGACUCAUGGCCAAAGAACUUCAACUGAAAGACCAAGUCAUUGACAGGUUGAAAGCCAAAGUUGAAUCGUUGAAUCAUCAAUUGAGUUCAACUGAGACAAAAUUGAAUGAACAGUCCAAUUUCAACCAGGUUGAAUUGAAGAGCAAGAUCAAAACUUUGAACCAAGAGAAUAAGUUCCAAAAGGCAGAGAUCACCAAACUUAGAACCCAUAGUAAGAAUCAAAGUCAAAUGCACGAGGUUGAACUUAAGAGAUCAGCCAUUCAAAUCAAUAACUUAAAGACUCAACUUAUUGAUAAGCGUAAUCUUUCUUCCACACUCACUUAUGGUAUCCCAUUGACGACGACGACGACAUUGGGAGGUCGAUCCACGGCGAAUGAUGAAAUCAAUUCAAACAUUGUAUUGAACAACAAUGCUAACAUACCGUCUGAUGAACAAGAACACGAAUAUGAACAUGAAUCUCAAUUCAACAACAACAUAGAUAUAAAGCAGAUAUUAACAGAAGAAUAUGGCGAAAUAGUGGAUAACUUAACCAACUUGAUCCAAUCAAUGACAACAGAAAAUUACCGUUUCAUCAAAUUCAUCUCACUUUUGAAUGAUUAUACUUCUGAUUUGAACCAUUCACUAACUGGAAUUAGAGGGAAGAACCACUCCCAAAUCAGACUACCGAAACCAACAAAGAUCUUGGAUUUAGAGGUCUUCUAUAAUAUCAAACAAGAUGAAGUGGAUAGCUAUUAUUCCAAAGAAGAACCCUUUGAUCUUGCUGUUAAACAAUUGACCAAUAAUGUAUACCACCAAUACCAUAUUCUAUCAAAGAUAUUGCAGGAUAUCAAUGGGCAGAAUGACCGACUGCAUCUUUCAAGAGAGAAUGCUAAUUUGAAAACAGAACUUGACAAGAUAACAAAAUAUUGGCAAGAUUCGUUGAAAACCCUUCAGAAUUGGAAGAAAUACGAUACUGAAAGGACUUGA